AUAGGUAACUCUAUAGCCUUGAAAAAGACACCUAACCAACUGGAUAGAUCGAUUGUAUGCAACUGGGAGCCAUUGGGAUACAUAUUACUCUUUUUCCUCACAACCUCCCGGUGAAGUAAAAUUGUUUUGAGACUGAGGUUCUAGCCAAUAUGAAAGUGGUGCUUCAAACCACCAUCUGCUUGUGUGUUCUAGCCACAAUUUUACCUCUGGUGAAAGGCACCAAAGUUGGCCUCAACUCCAACUUGAAAAAGAGAUUUAGAGGCUGGCUACCGAGUCGCAUGAGAGCAGCUCUCCACAGCAGCUCUGCCUUAGACUCAGGGAUCCUCAGUGGACCAGGGCAGAGAGAGGAGACAGACUCCUCUGUAUUUAAUUCCAGGUCCAGAAGAUCCAUUGUGACCUCAGUGAAAAGACCUGGCUGUUCUCUGGGAACAUGCACCCUGCAAAACCUGGUCCAUCGGCUGCACAUCCUCAACAACAGGUUAAAGGUCAACAGAGCCCCGGAGGAUAAGAUCAGCUCGCAGGGUUACGGUCGCCGCCGCCGCAGGUCUCCAUGGUCUCUCCCACAGCUCUAUGCUUUGCUAACUCUCCAAGCAGGGAGAGUGAGAUUGGGCUGGAGCAGCGAGAGCCGCUAAGGACUCCAUCUAUAGGCCAACCUGCUCAGACAAACUUGAGUCAGGCAGAGAAGAGGAGUGUCAAUCUAGUGAAUGCCAGGUGCUUUUUUUUAUGUGUCUGGCUGGCUGAGAAUCUACUGAGGUGCUAUUCCUGAGCAUUCCCUUCCUGUGUAGGGGAAAGGAUGGACAAAGCCAAUGGAGCAGGAAAUGAAUUUCAUGCCACUGUGGAUGAAAGAAAGCAGCGGCAGAGGGAAGCGAUAAGAAGUGUCUGGAUUUUUUCAGUCCAACAUUUCUAGUGUUAAUUCAGGUCAUAAUUUAACACUUACGGAGUUAAUUUAACAUUCAUUGGUGUAAAACACCAAGUGUUGGUUUUAAUAACCAGAGUUAAACCAAAACCGCGCCCAUUGUCAUAUUUCCUAGCAUGCUCUAUUGCAGGUUGAUUUUUAAUUGUUUGUUUCAAUAGCUAUGUUUUUGCAUGUACAUUUAAUUAAUCUUAUGCUUCUCUAAUAUAAAUAACAUAMAUUUUUCUAAUCCAAUCUGUUACUUGGUCUUAUUGCACCUGUUACUGAAAUGGUUGUUCCUUGUUUCAUAUGUUUAUCUUCCCAACCCAGCUGUCAUUCUUAAUUCAGGUUGCAGGUGAAUAAAAAUUCCAAAUGCUGGAUAUUCCCACUAGCUGGAUUCCAAUUGGAAUUACACGGAACUCAAAUUGGCUGUGCGCCAUCGUGCAUACAUGUKUUUUGUCCCCCCCACACCA